AUGGCAAAUUACCAGUACUCUUCUGUAUAUUCUCACACCCCUGAAACAUUGUACGGACAGCAAAAGUCAAAUGAUUUACAGGGCCUGAGACCUCUCUUUUCCAAUGACCCGAACGGUCCAAAGUUCAGUCCCAAGUGGUUGUGUGGAAAGGAUAGUGCAGGAAAAUACAUACCGCGUACUUUGAAAGUAAAGCAUGCAUUAGAUAAGGGGUCAUUUGCCAUUGCGUGGGUGAUAGAACGUGAUGACCUUAGAGAAGACAAACCUGUGGAGUUUGUUGCCAAAGUAGUCAAUAAAAGAAGGGGGCCGAGUAUGGUUCGGAGGAGAACUGAUAAGGAAAUUAAAGAAGCGGAGGAAUUGACGAUCAAAGAAGUGAGGCUAUUGGCAGAUCUGAGGCACAAGCAUGUGAUGUUUGACGCAGUAGCAUUCCUACAUUCAAAGAAUAUAAUGCACAGAGACAUAAAACUACAAAACUUUCUUAUAAAAGACAGGCUUUUACUAAGCGACUUCGGAUUUGCUGCUUACAGUGAAAAGAAAUUGGGUCAAAAGAAGUGUGGGUCACCAAACUUUGCUGCCCCAGAACUCUUCAGACUGUGUCCUAAGGACAUGUAUUAUGGAGACUCGGUUGAUAUCUGGUCGCUUGGGGCAAAUGCAUAUCUACUUCUAACUGGGAACUAUAUUUAUGGCAAUGAUAAAGAGCUUGUGUUCUAUACAGCAAAUACUAUUACCAAUGAUAAUAUAAAAUGGCAGUUGGAGCAAAAUUUUGUAACUAAAAGAGCACAAGAAGUUUUGCUUAAUUGCUUGAACAUUGAUCCAAUAAAAAGAAGAUCAGUACCUGCAAAAGACCUUCUAGGCCAUAAGUGGUUCAAAUGUUGUGAUGACAAGCACCUGGACCACAAUGCAAUGAAAAAGUGGAAGGCAGGUUUGAUAGCACUGAGGGCACUGAAUUCUGUUGCCGAAAACCUAUACGAAAAGAAAAUUUCAGGCAACAUACACAAUCCACCAACUAGCAUAUCUAACCAAAAAAAAUUAGACCAGAAGCAGGACCAACUUCCACUGAGACUAAAAAAUACAGAGACAAGUAAACCGAAUCACAGCAGAAGCAGAGGUUGA